AUGGGGGAAGACACCGCUGCGCUUCACGUGGCGGCCGCGUCGCCGCCCGCCAGCGGCGUCCUGUCGCCGCGCAACGAGUUCUUCGUGUCGCAGCGCGCCGCCACCGACUUCGAGCUGAGCCGCCUGGACACGCUGUCGCUGGAGGAGCAGGAGAUCCUGGCCAACAUCCAGGAGCUGCAGCUGCAGCUCAUGCAGCUGCGCGCCGAGGAGGAGGAGGACAGCGACGACGACUCGGCGGACAAGGCGACGGGCGCGGGCGGCAGCAACCAGCUCAUCGUCGUGUCCAACAACCUGCCGGUGCUGCUGGAGCGGCAGCCGCAGACCGGGCGCUGGAAGGCCACCAAGACCACGGGCGGCCUGGACAAACUCAUGUGUCUGACGGGCGUGAGGGCCGAGAUGAACUUCCUGUGGGUGGGCUGGGUGGGCCAGCACAUCCCCAAGAGCGAGCACGAGGCGGUGCGGCGCUUGCUGCUGCAGCACAACUGCCUGCCGGUCUUUUUGUCGUCGGAGGUGGCGUCCAGACACACGGGCUUCUCGUCCGAAGUGCUGUGGUCGCUGUUCCACUAUGUAUCGGAGCCCGUGCCGUUCACGUUCAAUGCCGGAGGCAACUCGAGCUUCCACUCGACCAAGAGAUUCAACAAGCAAGACUGGAGAGCCUACGAGUCCGCCAACGAGAGCUUCGCUGAUGCUAUCGCUGAGAUUUACAAUGAAGGAGACUCCGUGUGGGUGCACGACUACCAUCUCAUGCUGCUGCCAUCCCUGCUGCGCCAGCGCAUCCCGCCGUGUCGAAUUGGUUGGUUCCUGCACACGCCGUUCCCAGCUUCGGACGUAUAUUGUCGUCUACCGGUGCGAUCACAGCUGCUAACGGGCGUCCUGCAGGCGGACCUUGUCGGCUUCCAGACCUUCGACUACGAACGCCACUUUCUGUCAACCUGUCAUCGACUGCUUGGAGUGGAGUGCUCGCACAAGGGUGUCCGUAGCUCCUUUGCAGACCGAGACCACUUCACGUCGAUUGGCGUGUUUCCCAUUGGAAUCAGCUUGGAGCCUUUCGCCCGCGCAGCGUCCAGUAUGCCAACCCUGAACCGGGUAAAUGAACUACACGAUAAAUUCGGUGGCAAGCGUAUCAUUCUGGGGAUCGACCGACUCGACAAUAUCAAAGGAAUCCCACACAAGAUGCUAGCGAUGGAAAUGUUGCUGGACCGGUUUCCAGAGUGGCAGCAUAACGUCGUGCUAGUACAGAUUGGAAUAUCGUCACGCUCAGGCGUGGUCGACAGCAAGUCCACCGGGGCAAGCAGUGCAGGUGAUAACGGCCGCAGGUCGAGUGCCAGCAGUACGAGUGGAGACAACGCCAACAUCCUACCCCGAUCUUCGUCGUAUCCGAUUGUUGGACCAGGAAGCUCCACUGGCAGUGACAGUCCUAUCAAGGGGCUGUCAGAGUCACCGCCUACUGCUGCCAGUCCUAUUGCAACCGGCAAAGGAAAUGCUGGAUACGACGCGUGCCACCAACUCGAAAUGAGCUCGCACAGCUAUCACAAUAUCGUAACUCAAGUUAACCAGAUCGUCGGGCGUAUCAACGGGAUUUUCGGAACUCUGGACUACGCGCCGAUUCACUUUAUUCAGCAACAAGUGACGCCCCAUGAGGAGCUGUGCGCGCUAUACGAUUUGGCAGAUGUGUGUCUGGUGACGUCGACUCGCGAUGGAAUGAACCUGGUGUCGCACGAGUUUAUUGUCUGCCAGCAGCAUUUCAUGCGCAACAAGGAUGAACGGAAGAAGGCUGCCCGCGCGGCCGCCAGGGGAUUUAGCGGCAAAAGCUCGACGAGAAGUGGAGUGUUGUCACCGAUUUCAUCUCCCCGACAGUCUUCGGCUUCGGUUUUGACAGAAUGGGAAGGAGAAGACGGCGGACCGGGCGUAUUGGUUGUGAGCGAGUUUGCUGGCUGUUCCCAGUCGUUGAGUGGCGCUAUCGUUAUUAACCCGUGGAACACGGAAGACGUGGCUCUGAGUAUUCAUCAAGCUUUGAGUAUGUGCCGCACCGAGCGCGAAAUCCGCCAGCAGAAACUGUAUCGAUAUGUGUCGUCCAACACGGCAUCAACCUGGGGCGAAGAGUUUUUGGAAGAGCUUGGUGAGGCUGUAGAGAAAAACCGCAAGACAUCAACGCAGUUGCCGAAGCUUGACAAGAAAGCCAUCGUUCAAGCGUACCGCAGUGCACAGAAUCGCGUUAUCAUUCUCGACUACGACCGGACCCUGACACCGCAGCACUCGCUCCUCCCACUUGCGGCUGUGGGGCCCAAUUUCAAGUCGCUUCUCGAUGCGCUCAGCGCCGACGAGCGCAACACAGUAUUUAUUGUCAGCGGCCGUGAACGCAAAUUCCUCGAGACGUGGCUGAAUGGUGUGCGCGUUGGUGUCGCCGCCGAGGACGGGUUCUUCUAUCGCAUGAAUUUGAGUAACACACGGGAGCAGUGGAAGACCAUGAGCAAAUUCCAGUACGACGUGGCAACAGCUCGGUCGGGAGGAAGUACAGCCGCAACUAUGGCUGGAGUGGGAAGUGUCAGCGGUGCCAGUCUGGAUGCCUCUUACUCGAGCGAUGCCCACAGCAUGAUGCACAUGAGUAUGGGCAGUCUACCGACGUAUCCGCAUCACACUUCCGCGCCAGACUCGACAGACACUGGAGAGAAUACGCCGGUCACUGGUGGGAGCAUUGCUCCUACUGACGACUCGUUCGGUGGCGAUGACAUGUCGUGGAAGGACUUAGUGCUACCCACAAUGCUCAUGUUUACGGACCGAACCCCUGGAAGUUACAUUGAAGACAAGGAAAGCUCGCUGACGUGGCACUAUGGAGAUGCUGAUCCACAUUUUGGAAGUUGGCAGGCGAAGGACUUGCAGAUCAUCCUUGAGCGGCAGCUCAUCGGUACGGCACUGGAAGUGUAUCAAGGGCACAUGUCUGUCAGCGUGGAGCACGAAGGGUGCACGAAAACUCGUAAAAGCGACCUGGAAGUCGAUUUUGUCUUGUGCGUGUGCGACGACGUGACAGACGAUCAAAUGUUCCAGACGUUGAACGCGUUGGUGACCGAGUCGAACGAGCGUCACGAUGAGAGAAAGAGGAAGGAGGAAGAACAAGCAGCUAACGAGCGCAUUCGCCGGAACUCUAUCGCCUUGGGCAAGCCUGUACCUCCGCAGCUGCACGCGCAGCCAGUGCCAUCUGCUGCUCACGUUUCGAAGGCAAAGCCCCGCAUGCCGCGUCCGAGAGGCGGAAGUGGUGUCACUGAUGAGCUGGAGCCAACUAUCAAGAUCAGGAAGAAGCGUCUUCAGAAUGAACAGUUGAUCGGGGCGGCAGCAGCAGCGGUGCGAGGACACGAAGACUAUUCCACCGACGAUGACGAAGAGUUAAUCGCGGGUGAUUACGUGGAUGAUGACAACAAGGUGGCGUUUAGCCGCUUGCAGAAGGUGCCUGUGCGACUGGCAGAAGACGUCUCGAUCUUUGCUGUCGUCGUGGGCCCAGACGUCCAACAUAGCGGAGGUCGCCAUGCCUGGUCGUUCGCGGUGGACUCGCUGGCUGACGUACGCAAGGUGCUUAAGGAUUUUGUUGAUGAAAGUCGCAAGGUGGGAACUGGACCAGGC